CCAAACAUUUUGCUUCACUCGUGCGAGUCUUUAUAAUAACUUAGAGCAUCAGCUGGUAGGAGACAUGUUUUUUAUUAAUAGGCUGCAGAACCGGCCCCGUCCAGGCUCCGUGGGCGCAUUAAUGGGCCAUCGGGGAUCAAACACACACCUAAUAGCCCCACGGCUGUUAAUAGGUGAGUGAUACAUCAAAGGCACGCGUUUUUUGCUUGUGACAGUAAGUAGUGGCAUGAGCAGGAGGGUGGGGUUCGGGGGGUGUGGGGGGGUGUUUGUACCUAUCAGGUAUAAAACCCCCACAACUCUGCACGUUCGCCAGUGCCGAGGCAGAAGCAUCUCUCUCACACAGAAGAACGAUGGACUUUGACUUGGAUUUUUCUGCCGCUGAGAUGAGCGCGUUCUACUCGGGGCCGAGCUGGUCCUCCGCAGCAAGCGAGCUUUACGCACGGGGCUCCAGCAAAGGUAAGCGUCCUACACGGGUUCAACUGCUUUCACUGUGGCUGCUCGCGCGUCCAGCGUGUAAAGUCGAGUCAGAAGGAUUUGGGAAUCCAUUACGUCACCAACGUUUUGUUUCCACGCAGUGCGUUACGGCGCGUCUGACGGGAUGCACUCCGACACCCAGCGUCGCCGGAAGCGCACGACCUUCAGCAAGGCGCAGCUGAGCGAGCUGGAGCGGGCCUUCUGCGUCACCCAGUACCCCGACGUCAAAAUGAAGGAGUGCCUGGCGUCCAGAACCGGGCUCCCGGAGUCCAAAAUCCAGGUGUGGUUCCAAAAUCGACGCGCACGCUAUUUCAAGAGCAAGAAGCCGAGCAGAGAGGCCCCCAGACCCCCCAGGGGCCACGUCCAUCCUCACCUGACCUUUGACCCCAGCCCGCCGCUCUCCCAGCCGGCCCCGGCCCCCCCCUCUGCCCCCGGGGCGCCACCCCCGCCGGGCUACGCGGCUCCCAGCUUGCCGCAGUCCACCAGGCUCUCGUCCAUGCAGGGGAGUCGGGUCCUCGCGUGCCCCGCGGCCGCCGAGCGGCCGUCGGUGCGCGCGGCGGGUUUCCCAGCUCCCCCUCAGGAGUUCCACUACCACCACGUGUUCCCACAAAGCGGACCGAGUGAGUGGGAGCUGACCGACGAGUUCAAGCUUUUCCUCAGGGGUGCGCAGGGACCCGAACCGGCCAAACACGUCGACCAUGAGCCGAACCAGGAGUUCCACAGCAACGACGAUCUGUCGGACCUGUGCUUGCAGGACCUGGGCAGCUUCAACCUCUCUGACGUGGAAAUAUCUUCAGCCAUGAUCGAGUAUCUUUUGAGCUGACUGUUACACUAAGACACGCAUAAACACAUUGUAAAUAGGAAUAGUUAUACUAUUAUUUAUUAUGAGGCUAUAUGUGAGGAAAUGCUAUAUAUAAAGUUGUAUACGAUUGCACAGAUAAUGUUUUAUUUAAUAAUCAAAAAUAAACCUGUAACAUGAGUUUUGUGGUUGCCCUGUUUAUAAACGCUUCUGUAGAGAGCGUCAUCAGGCGGCGCCGUGGCUUAGUUGGUUAAAGCGCCUGUCUAGUAAACAGGAGAUCCUGGGUUCGAAUCCCAGCGGUGCCUUUUCUUUCCCUCAUUCACACUUUGCUUAAAUAUUUUAAAUAACAUUGUAAGAAACCGGAUAUAUUUGAAAAAUACAGGUAUCACGUAUAAGCCUGGCAGUGAUUGUUAUGUUUUUGCAGGCAGGAAAGCAGAUGAAAAGAUCAGCCAGCAGAGGGCAGUGAAGAACAAUAUUUGUUUUGAUAAAGAACCACAGCAUUUCUGUGCUUGGUAUAAAUAAGGGGUGUGUAUGUGUGAGGCCUUACAUUAAAAUUAAAGCACUCACAAAAUUGAAAU